AAGGCAUUGGGCUGCUGCAUCGCUACAGGAAGGGGAGAUGGCAGCAGGAAAUAAUGGGGCAAGGCAGAUGGCCAUGCUUCUCAGGUCGAAGUCAAGGCUUGAUUCAGCUGUUUGUAGGAAUUGUCAGGAGGCACUGGGUCGUCGAGGUUUUGCUACAGCUACCGCAUCUUCAGGAAUAACUUCGGCCGCCAGCACUGUGCCGCCAGUCGAAGCUGCUGAUGUUGUCCAAAAAUUCCCUUACAGAAUUAAAGCUGGUAUCAUCCUCUCGCGCGCACCCCGUAUCACCCGCGAUCUCACUCCCUUCGAAAAGUCAUUCUAUUUCUACCAGCGUCGACUGAACGAGCGUCUCGCUCUUCCUUUUACACGAUACUUCUACUUCAAGCGUGGAACCCCAACGGACGUGGAAUGGAAACGUAAAUACAAAGAUCGUCAGACACCCGCGAGAGACAUUGGAAAAUACAAUGCUUAUUCAGACACUGCUUGGAACGAUGAACUGCUUGUUGGUGCAACCGAAUCUGAACCACAGAACCAGGUAGAGGCUCUUGUCCGUGAUGCGGAAGGAUUUUCAGCCUCUGAGUCUGACGGAGACGCUAUACACGAGGAGGUUCCAAAACCACUGCCAAGAAUUACGGAGGCAGAUAAGAGCGGUGACGAAAAGAGCUUGGAUCGGGCAAUGCAGCGUACAUUGUACUUGCUGGUAAAGGUCAAGCAGGGUUACUGGAAGUUCCCAAGUGUAACUUUGAACGUUAAGGAGAACGUUCGAGCGGGAGCUGAACGCAGUUUGAUACAAUCCGUUGGGCCAAACAUGAACACCUGGACCGUGGGCUAUCACCCCAUUAGCCAUUACGUUCAAAAUUUCACCAAGCCUAUAAUAGACCCAGCAACGGGCGUUGAGCUUAAAGGCGAGAAGACAUUCUUCCUCAAGGGCAGGAUUCUUGCUGGCCAGGCCGAUGUUACCGAUAAUUUGCAUGAUGUGGUCGACUUCAAGUGGCUCUCGAAGGAGGAGGUUGAGAAGCACGUAAUGCUACCAUAUUGGAGUGCUGUUAAAAAUGCGUUGGCGGAGAGAUGA